AUGGCGCCCCCCCUUUCCAACUCUUCUUCUGCAGCCAGAGACAUGGGGGACAUGGGGGACAAAAGAAUCAGAAAGAGACCAAAGAUGGAGAAGGUGAUGGGAACUGAGGUGGUUGCAGAUUUCAUCAGCAACCUCCCAAAUGAGAUCUUAAUCAUUAUUCUCUCUAAGCUUCGAAUUGAUGAAUCUGUGAGAUGUGGUGUUCUCUCAAAGAGGUGGUUGGGUCUCUGGAAACAUACUUUACAUAUCGAAGUUGAUAUGAGGUACAUGAUAAAGCCUAUAACCCAACUUUUGCAAGCAAGGAAGCCUCGCACACUCCCAGAUUUCAAUACUCUUUCUCCAUCCAUGCUUAAGGUUGGUUAUGGCUGUAAUACUCGGGUCAUCUUAUUGAUACUUAGUCACUCAGGUCUCACAUCUAGUUGUCGAUUUCGGCAUUUGAAUAGGAGCUUUGGGUUUGGGGAGGUAGAGACUUGUAUUGAUUUGCUGAUUGAUAGGAAGAAAACGUUGAAAGAUUUGAGUCUUGAGUGUGUAUCUGAUUGUAAAGAAACCGCUGAAAAAAUCGUGUCUGAAGAGAAUACUUAUAUACUGAAUUUCCCACCUGGGAGUUUUGAAACUCUUGGUUCACUUGAAUUGAUCAAUUACACAAUUGACUGUUGCCUCCCUUUUGAGAAAUGUAGCGUACUCAAAAACCUUAAGCUUAAAAGGAUCUAUCUGGAUGAUGUAACCCUUAGUGGGAUUUUGGAAAACUGUGUGUUGUUGGAAAAUUUCAUGUUACUUGAGUCAACUGGGUUUGAAAGCCUCGUCAUUGUGAAAUCAAAGCUUAAAGUUUUGCAAAUCCAAGCAUUAUGUGUGGAGGAGAUUGAAAUUAUUGCCGAGAACCUUGAGGUUCUUUUGCUUGAUUCUAUCAUUUGCUCAGCAAAGGAUGUAAGUAUUCAUGCCCCAUUCCUCAAGACUUUUCGUUCUUACAACUAUUCAAUGUAUGCAAGAAUGGUUUCCAAUGAAGAAAGGAAAUCGAUUAUGAAAGCCCAUCAGAUCUUUGCACGCUGUGCUGAUCUUCUGGGAGAAGAAGCAAGGGAGUGGCAACUAAGCAAAAAUAGUCAUGUAGCAAACAGAAUACCAACUCGUGCUGGACCAACAACUUGCAAUAUUUUUCGAAAUUUAUCAACCUUAUCGAUGGACUUGGAUUUGAACAACAUAAGAGAAGCUGGAAUUCUUUCUUAUAUCAUGAGAUUAUGUACAAAUUUACAAGUUAUCGAAAUCGCUCUACCUGUUUUCAGACCAAGAAACCCUAGUGGCAGUAGCUCUAGUCAUUCUGACUCAACGUUUUGGGAGAGGCGAGAAUUGUGCUACUGUAUUCAUCAAAAGCUGAAGUUCGUGUACAUGAGAGGAUUCAGAGGCAAAGAACAAGAAGUAGAAUUUGCGAAGUACCUGAUAACAAGGGCCACUGCGAUGGAGAGGAUUACCCUAAUCUGUAGUGACUCAAUGGGAGUGGCUGAAAAUUUGUUAUCACUGCCUAAGGCUUCUGGUAAACUCUCCAUCAAUUUGAAGCUGAAUGCAAAUAAUCCUUUGGAUGAGUUUGAUAAACAUCAAAAUAGGUUGCUAAAGCGGUAA